AUGGGGUUGGGAAUAAGAGCGCCUGCUGUGGAGAACAACAACUUUGAGAUCAAGUCAGGACUGCUCAACAUCAUUGAGAACAACAAGUAUCAUGGUCUUGCUACUGAAGAUCCUUUUGACCACUUGGACAAGUUUGAUAGCUACUGUGGUUUGUCCAAGACCAAUGGAGUGUCAGAAGAUGCUUUGAAGCUCAGGCUCUUCCCUUUCUCUCUGGGAGACAAGGCAAGACAGUGGGAGAAGUCUCUCCCAAGUGACUCUAUCACUACUUGGGAUGAGUGCAAGGAAGCCUUUCUAGACAAGUUCUUCUCCAUCUCCAGGACAGCUAAGAUCAGGAAUGAGAUCUCUGGUUUUCAGCAGAGGAACUUAGAAAGUUUCAGUGAAGCAUGGGAGAGGUUCAAAGGCUACCAAGCUCAUUGCCCACACCAUGGCUUCUCCAAAGAGAGCUUGUUGAGUACCUUCUACAGGGGAGCUAUACCACAGUGCAGAAACAGACUUGAUACAGCCAGCAAUGGAUUCUUCUUGGGCAGAAACGAGGUGGAUGCAGAGGAGCUGAUAGAGAACAUGGCCAAGAGUGACUCAGUAUACAGUGAGGAUCAUGAUAGAGUCAACAGAAGUGAUGAUCAGCAGACCAAGAAAGAGCUCAAGUCUUUGGAAGAGAAGCUGGACCUACUUCUUGCCAACAAAGCUAAGAUGGAUCAGAUGAAAUCAGUUGGGGAACAGCAACAAAACAAGGUUGCUGAGAUCAAGAAGAUUGAUGGCUUGGAAGGACGUGAAGAGGUGUGCUUUAUCAACAACAAUGAAACUUGGUAUAGGAAAGAGCCUAACUUUCAAUACCAAAACAACUACCAGCAAAAGCCCCUCUACAACAACCAACAAGGUGGUUAUCAAAGUAACCAGCCUACUCAAGCUAGAGGAAGCUUUUCUCAAGCUCAAGUUCCAAGUUCAACCACAGAAUCUAUGUUCAAACAAAUCCUAGAAACUCAAGGGAAAUUUGCUAAGGACAUUGGAGAUGAGUUCAAGGCUGUUCAUGCCAAGAUUGAUGGAACUUAUUCUGACCUCAACAACAAGUACAUGCAACUUGCCUCUCACGUCAAAGCUUUAGAGAGCCAGGUUGCUUCUUUGCCUUCAUCCUCCAAGCAGCCUAUGGGAACUCUACCAGGGAAAGUGAUAACAGGAUUUUGCUAA